AGGAAGCCGCAGCUUUUUCGGUCCGAGGCGGUCGGGUGUAAGGAGAUCCGAGGGAGUGUCUCACGUUCUGCUGUGCGCUUGAGAAGAUGGCGACUCAGUGUGUGUCCAAAGUGGAGCUUUCAAUUUCCUGCAACAAGCUCAUAGACAAGGACGUGGGAUCCAAGUCGGACCCCCUCUGUGUGCUGCUUCAGAGCGUCGGAGACGAUAAGUGGACGGAGGUGGACCGUACAGAGCGGAUAAAGAACUGCCAGGAUCCAGAGUUCUCGAAGAAGCUGCGUGUGGAUUAUUAUUUCGAGAAGGUGCAGAAACUCAAGUUUGGCGUCUACGACAUCGACAACAAGUCCGUUGACCUGGGAGAUGACGACUAUCUCGGGGGCUUCGAGUGCACUCUGGGACAGGUUGUGUCUAGCAAGAAGAUCACCAGGCCUCUGGAGCUGAAGAAGGGAAAGCCUGCUGGGAAAGGCACCAUUACGAUCACAGCCGAGGAGAUAAAGGACAACAGAGCCAUAGCGUUGGAGGUCGACGCGCAAGGCCUGGAUAAGAAGGACUUGUUUGGGAAAUCGGACCCGUUCCUGGAGUUUUUUAAGCAGGGAGACGAUGGGAAGUGGCAGCUGGUUCAUCGAACAGAAGUAAUCAAGAAUAAUCUAAACCCAUCAUGGAAAAAAUUCUCAGUAUCCCUGCAAACAUUCUGCAACAGCGACAUGAAUAAACCAAUUAAGGUCCAUUGUUCUGAUUACGAUAAUGAUGGCUCUCAUGAUCUUAUUGGUAUUUUCCAAACUAAUGUGACAGAACUCCAGAAAGCCAGCCACGGCUCUCCGGUGACAUUUGACUGUGUUCACCCUGACAAGAAGCAGAAGAAGAAGAAUUACAAGAACUCUGGCAUCAUUAAAAUAAAGUCUUGUAAGAUCGAAGCUGAUUAUUCAUUCCUGGAUUAUGUGAUGGGAGGCUGCCAGAUCAAUUUUACAGUGGGAAUUGACUUCACGGGCUCCAAUGGUGAUCCUCGCUCUCCAGACUCGCUGCACUACAUGAAUCCUAAUGGCAUGAACCAGUACCUCACUGCUCUGUGGUCCGUGGGGCAGGUGGUUCAGGAUUACGACAGUGAUAAACUCUUUCCCGCCUUCGGGUUCGGAGCUCAGAUCCCUCCCAACUUCCAGGUGUCCCAUGAAUUUCCACUUAACUUCAACCCCAACAGUCCCUACUGCCAAGGUAUCCAGGGAAUCGUGGAGGCCUACCGUGCCAUCUUGCCUCAGGUCCGAUUGUAUGGGCCAACCAACUUUGCCCCCAUAAUAACCCACGUGGCCCGAAUUGCUGCUGGGGCGGCCCAGCAGAAAACUGCAUCUCAAUACUUCGUCCUGCUCAUCAUCACUGACGGCGAGAUCACGGACCUGGACCAGACGCGGCAGGCCAUCGUGGACAGCUCCCGGCUGCCCAUGUCCAUCAUCAUUGUGGGUGUUGGGGAAGCCGACUUCAAGGCCAUGGAGUUCCUGGACGGAGACAACGGCGUCCUCAAGUCCCUGAGUGGGGAGCCCGUGGCGCGGGACAUCGUCCAGUUUGUGCCUUUCAGGCAGUUUACCAGUGCCCCCAAGGAGGCCCUCGCCCAGAGCGUGUUGGCGGAGGUGCCCUCUCAGCUUGUCUCUUACUUCAAGAUGAUGAACCUGGGCCCUGUGAACCCUCCUGCUCCUGUGACCAUGUAGAGGUGUGGUCAUCCACUAGGAGGCGCCACUCUCCAACCUUCCAACAGAAUUAUCCAAUUUAGAGCACCUGCUAGCUACUAUGAUCUCACAGUGCCUUCAUGUUCUACUUCAGCCUGUUUUUGUGUUUUAUUUAAAUCGUCCUCCAUAUGAUUGCAGUUUACAUGACGAUACAUCCAUUCCCCUAAAAUUUGACUGGCAAUCUAUAUAAUGGGUCAGAACCUUCUAGAUUCUCGUCAGUAGAUACAGACUAACUCCAGGUCUAACUGCUUGUAGGCUGUUUACACUUAUCACAGCAUGGCCUUUAAAGUAUGUCGAUGGAAAAUAAUGUACACUAAAUAUGCGGACAGUUAUUUUGAUACUGAGACACACAUUAGCUGUCUUUUAAACGUAGCGCCAAAGAUUAGAACCUUUUUUGCUUUUUUACAAUCAUAGGAGGGAAGGUGUUGCAUAAACUGGAUCCCUCUCGAGUUUUAGCAGAUUCAGGACUUUUUGCUGAAGGAAUGUUUUGCAUAACCCAGAAUGCGAGUCGUUCCUGUUGUUAGGCCACCCAGCGUGGACAGUAAAUGUGAGCGCCGAUUUGCCGUGAGCAGUAUGAGCGACUCCAUCCCGCUUCGCUGAGAUGACUCUUCUGUCACUCCUGGUUUAUGCUAGAUAAUCUAUAAGUAAUCAAGCCUGGUUUUGAUUUUCCCUCUUU